UAAAUAGAAAAGAUAUGCCUGAAAAUUCAGAGGUUUCUCCUGAUCCUUGGACUGCUGCUAAGUCUGGAGAUUUCGACAAAAUCCAGGAUUAUAUCCAGAAGCAAGGUGACCCUAAUGCAAAAAACGAUGAUGGGUUCACACUUCUUCACAAAGCUUGCGUCGGUGGACAAGUGAGAGUUGCCAAGUUUCUCCUGGAUAAUGGAGCAUCUGUCAAUGGAGUUACAAAGAAAGGGAGUAUGCCAAUUCACGUGGGUGGAAGAGCUGGUCACGUGGAAAUAGUCAAGUUGUUGAUCGACUAUGGAGCCAGCAUUGACAGCAGAACUACGGACUGCUGGACUGUUCUGCAUGAGUCUUGCGAUAACAACAAGAUCGAUAUGGUUAACUUCCUUCUUCGCCAGAACGCAAAAGUGAACACAAUCAAUGAGAAGGGAAACACUCCGCUGCACGCAGCGUGCGAAAAAGGGAACCUUGAGAUAGUGAAGAUUCUCUUGGAGCACGGAGCAGAGAAAGAUGCAGAAAACGUUGAUGGGUUCACGCCCUUAUUGAGAGCGUGCACUAAUGGCCAUCUCUUCGUGAUCAAAGAGCUGGCGUCGAGAGGUGCAAAUAUUUAUAAGACUACCAAGAAAGGCAGUACAGCUAUGCACCUGGCGGCAAGAGAUGGGAGCAAGGAGGUUCUUCAGUUCCUAAUCACUAACGGUUUUGACAAGGAUGUCCGGACUCCUGAUUUGUGGACGCCACUACACGAGGCCGCAGAUACUAACCACCCUGAAGUUCUUGAGUAUCUGUUACGAGAGAAGGCAAACAUCAAUGCCCAGACACAAGCUGAAAACACACCCCUCCAUUUGGCCGUUAAGAGGAAGAAGCUGGAUGCCGCUCACAGACUUCUCAACGCAAGUCCAGCGCCUGAUGUGACAAUCAAAGCGAAAGGAAAGACUCCUCUCCAGAUGGCCAGAGAUUCAAACCUGGACCAGGCGCUCAUUACAAAGAUAGAGAAGCUGGAACAGAAGAUUCUGGCCCAGCGCAACCAAACAACUGCAGUUUCGGACAAUGCAGAUGGAAUGAGGAAUCUGUCUAUCAAUGAUCCAGUGGAGACGGAUGUGUUCCUGUCGUAUGACUACCAGAACCAGGCCAAUGUGAACACUCUCUGUGACUGUCUGGAGAAGAACUACCGCGUCUGGUUCGACAAGAAGUACCUCACAGCAGGAGACAAGAUCAACGAACAGAUUGAACUCGCCAUCCAGAACUGCAAAUUGAUGAUUGUGUGCUUGACCCCUGCAUACCUGAGAUCGAAGGCCCUGUGCAAGCAGAUGCAGUAUGCAAACGAGCAAGGCAAGAAACUGAUUGGCCUCCGAUUCAGCUCUAGUGCCAUCAAUUCCCAGAACCAGGAUCCUCAGGUGUCUCAACUCCUGAUGAACAUGGUCAGUAUUAAGGUCAUGGAUUUGACGCAUGGAGAAACAAUGGACGAGAGGACCUACAAGUCGCUCCAAGGACACGUCGACAAACUGCUGGAUGCUGAGCACUAAAGAAGAGUGUCUAUCUAAGGCGUUCAUCUUUCAGUAUUUUUUAAACAGUGCUCAUACAUUUAAUUAUAAGAGGAUCAAUUUUAAAAGCCAAGAUUUUUAAUAUAUUAAAUGUGAAAGACCCAAGUUGAAAACGGAGUUUUUAGGAUUUGAUAUGGGAGAUCAAAACGUAACAUGUAAGAUUAGUUAAUGCAAUGAUGCAGUUGAUUGAUUUGAUUGUAAACAGUUUUAAUUUAAAUUUUUAGUUUUGUAAUAACA